ACAUGUCAAAAAAACUUUUUUGAGGUUAUUUUAAUGUUGCAGCGACAAUCCAAAAUUAAUCAGCGUAAAAUUGUGAAAUAGAAUAAAAUCGAGUCCUCGCCAUGAGGCACGUGGAUAUUGAGAGAUUUGGAGAGUUGCAGAGGAAGAGGAAUGUGAGGAAUGUUUGCAUUCUGGCUCACGUUGACCACGGAAAGACAACCCUGGCAGACUACCUGGUAGCCAGCAAUGGGUUGAUAUCGCAGAAAAUGGCUGGGAAGCUGAGGUACUUGGACAGCAGGGCGGAUGAGCAGGAAAGGGGUAUUACAAUGAAGAGCAGCAGUGUCACGUUGCACUAUAAGAGUAUCCGGGAAGAUACAGAGAUCCUCAUAAAUCUCAUCGACUCCCCGGGGCAUGUGGAUUUCUCUGGAGAAGUCUCCACAGCUGUGAGAUUGUGCGAUGGUGCUGUGAUUCUCGUGGAUGUUGUUGAGGGUGUGUGCCCACAGACACGAAUAUGCCUCAAGCAGGCAUACAUGGAGUGUCUAAAGCCCAUCCUUGUGCUCAGUAAGAUUGAUCGAUUGUUCCUGGAGAAGCAAAUGAAGCCACAUGAUGCCUUCAUUCAUCUCUCGCAAGUCCUUGAGAAUGUCAAUGCUGUGUACGCGAGUAUCUUUGCAUCCGACGUCAUGGCCAAGGAGGAUGUUACGUCGAACAAUGACUACACGAGUGCACUGGAAAAUGUGGAUGACUCUAAACUCUACUUCCUCCCGGAGGCGGGAAAUGUGAUUUUUUGCUCAGCCCUCGAUGGAUGGGGAUUCUCUAUAAUGCAAUUUGCUGUGAUGUACGAGAAGAAGUUGGGUGUUCCCCGUGCGGAGCUCCUCAAAGCAAUGUGGGGCAACUACUACUACAACGCCAAGACCAAUUCAUGCCUCUCGGGGGCACAGGAGAAGGCCCGGAAGCCCAUGUUUGUGCAGUUUAUCCUGGAAAAUAUUUGGCACAUCUAUGAGACAAUUCUUGUACGCAAAGAUCGUGAGAAGAUGGGAGUGAUUGCGGAGAAAUUGGGCAUUAAUCUGACGGCAAGAGAUCUCCGGAGUACAGAUCAUCGUCAUCAGCUCAAGACUCUCUUCUCCCAAUGGCUGCCACUGUCAAACAUUGUUCUAGAAAGUAUCUACAAAUACGUACCAGCCCCAUAUGGGAUGUCAAGUGAGAAGGCGGAGAGACUCAUGUGUUCCCUCAAUCAGGAUUUGAAAUCCUACCCAGCGGAAACGCAAGUUUUGCAGGAGGAUUUUAUGAAAUCCGACCCCGAGAGUAGCAACAAAAUAGUUUUUAUAUCAAAAAUGUGUGCUGUGGACCCAUCGCAGCUUCCCAAAGAUGAUCGUGAUAAGAUUGUGCCAACUUUGGAUGAAAUUCAGCGCCGGAGAGAGAUUGUGCGGCAAAAAAUUCAAGAUCGUCAGACAAUGGGACAGGUUGUGGUGGCCCCAACGACGGAGGAGGACUCCAAUGAGAUUUCCAGUGAAGAUCUCGAAGAAUGCAAUGAAGCCUUCAUUGCUUUUGGCAGGGUGUUCAGUGGUACACUCCGGAAGGGAGAUAAAAUGUACGUUCUGGGGCCAAAACAUGAUCCCAAAACAAUCGAUCCCAGUGCAUCAGAGCUUCCCAAUUAUGUAACGGAAGUAACGAUAAGUAGUCUCUUCAUCUUCAUGGGAAGAGAGCUUGAGAACAUUGAUGAGGUUUGUGCUGGGAAUAUUGUGGGGAUUGGCGGACUGGACAAUCACAUCAUUCAAACAGCCACACUAAGUUCCAACUACUUCUGCCCACCCUUCACAGACAUGGAACUCAUUGCAACGCCCAUUUUGCGUGUGGCAGUAGAGCCGAAGGUGACGCAGGACAUGCCAAAGCUCAUAAAGGGCCUGAAAUUACUCAAUCAAGCCGAUCCGUGUGUUCAGGUACUUGUUCAGGAAACCGGAGAACACGUCCUUCUCACAUUGGGUGAAGUUCAUCUGGAUCGGUGCAUCCUGGACUUGGAGAAUCGCUUUGCUCGCAUCGAACUGAACGUCUCAAAACCCAUUGUACCCUUCCGGGAAACAAUCGUAACGAAGGCCACUGUGGAUAUGGUCAAUGAGGCUGUUGUGCAGAAGAAUGAUGACAUUGAGAGUCAAAUUGUGACAAUAACCACGGCAAAUAGGAAGUGUUCCUUGGAUAUUCUAGCUCUCCCCCUGCCAGGAGAAAUUGUGGAAGUUCUAGACAAAUCCACUGAGCUCCUGAAGAUCUACUCGAAGAACACAAGUGGGGGAUGUUUGCCGGAGAAAACCGUCAAAUCCAUGAAGGAUUUCCGAGAGCAACUAUCGAAGGCCUUCGAGGCAGCUGACUGUGCGCAUUUCCCGAAGACUGUUGUGGAGCGUUUGUGGAGCAUUGGCCCAAGAAAAUGUGGCGCAAAUAUCCUGCUAAAUCUCUCCGAUUUCCGGCACAAUAGCUUCUGGGAACCUCUUGGGGCAUUGAGCAACAAAUCUCUGGAUGAGAGUAGUUUGGACAAUAGCCUAGUCAGUGGUUUUCAAUUGGCCACACUGUCAGGACCACUGUGUGAGGAGCCCCUCUAUGGGGUCUGCUUCAUUCUUAUGAAUUGCAAAAUUGAGAACGAUGAUGGAGCGGCUGAGAGCAAUUUUGGCCCCAUUUCCGGUCAACUCAUGUCAGCCAUGAAGGAGGGAUGUCGUCGUGCCUUCCAGAAGCAACCACAGCGACUCGUAACACCCAUGUACAGCUGCAACAUUGUUGUCAAUGCUGAAGUUCUCGGGAAGUUGUACGCAGUAAUUGGACGUAGGAACGGGAGAAUCCUUUCCGGGGAUCUCACCGAAGGCAGUGAUAAUUUCUCCGUCACUGCAAUAAUUCCCGUGAUUGAAUCCUUCAAUUUUGCCCAAGAAAUUCGCAAGCAAACCUCAGGUCUUGCUUCACCGCAGCUACUCUUCAGUCAUUGGGAAAUCCUCGAUAUUGAUCCCUUCUGGGUGCCAUCGACAGAAGAGGAAUACCUCCAUUUUGGCGAGAAGGCAGAUACGGAGAAUCGCGCAAAGACCUACAUGGAUUCCGUUAGGAGGAGAAAGGGUCUUCCGGUGGAGGAGAAGAUUGUUGAACAUGCAGAAAAGCAGAGAACUCUGGGGAAGAAUAAAUAAGUAAGGAAGUUAUUUUUUAAAAAUAUUUUGUUGAGAAAUUAGAGAUAUUAUAUUUAAUAAUGAAAAUAAUUACUAUUUUUAUGUAAAAUAUAUAAAAUAAAUUAGCAGUAGGUUAAAGUU